AAAAAAAAACUCUUCCUAUGGCAAAAACAUGUCUUAAUAAAACAAUCUUCUCGUUAAUAAUAAAUAUUUUUGUCUUGUCCGUCGUAACCGCGUCGACGGUUACGACGGACAUAGAGUUGCUACUCACACGAGUAAAACCUUCGCUGCAAGGGGAAGGUAGCAACGCACUGCUAAGCUACUGGAAUACUUCAAUCCCGCUAUGUCAAUGGCGGGGUUUAAAGUUCGUAUACACUAACGGAACGCCGUUAGUGUGUACGGACACGGCAUUGUCACAAUGGUCUAAUGUUACUUUGUUUAAAGACCCAAAUAUUCGUCUUCUGUCACUUCAGCUCCCGUCGGCGAACAUUUCCGGCCAACUUCCGGCGGAGUUAGGUGAUUUUGCGUACUUACAGAGUUUGUAUCUAUCUGUUAACUCUAUUUCGGGUAGUAUACCGUUUGAAAUAGGGUAUAGUAAUUCUUUGUUGGAUAUUGAUUUGGGUUAUAAUUUGUUAUCCGGGUCGGUUCCUGGAUCCGUUUGGAAUUUAUGUGAAAAACUUGUUUCUAUUCGUGUUCAUGGGAAUUUGUUAUCCGGGUCGAUACCCAAACCCGGUUUACCAAAUGUUAGUUGUGAGGGUUUGGUUUAUGUUGAUUUUGGGCAAAAUAAAUUUUCGGGCAAUUUUCCGGAAUUUUUGACUGGGUUUAAGGGGAUUAAAGAGCUUGAUUUAAGUGGGAAUGGUUUUUAUGGGGAAAUCCCAAAUGGGUUGGUUAAUUUAAAUUUGGAAAAAUUGAAUUUAUCGUAUAAUAAUUUUUCCGGGGUUUUGCCAAACUUUGUUGGGGCAAAGUUUGGGUUGGAGUCAUUUGAGGGAAAUGGUGUUGGAUUAUGUGGCGGGCCGUUGAAGGGAUGUGAUAAUAAUAGGGCUAAUGGCGGGUUAAGUAGUGGUGCCGUGGCAGGACUUGUGAUUAGUUUAAUGACAGGAAUUGUUGUGUUAGCUUCGUUGUUGAUUGGGUAUUCACAAGGGAAGAAAAAGAAGAAUUUGGAUGAAGAAGAUGAGUAUGAUGAGGGUGAAGAUGAGGAAAAUGGCGGUGCUGGUGGCGGCGGUGCUGGUGAAGGGAAGUUGAUAUUGUUUCAAGGAGGUGAGCAUUUGACGUUAGAGGAUGUGUUGAAUGCGACGGGUCAAGUUAUGGAGAAAACUAGUUAUGGGACUAUUUAUAAGGCCAAGUUAGCGGAUGGUGGGACGAUUGCUUUGAGGUUAUUGAGGGAAGGGAGUUGUAAAGAGGGUGGUUUGUGUUUGCCGGCAAUUAAGCAGUUGGGAAGAAUUCGACAUGAGAGUUUGAUUCCAUUGAGAGCGUUUUAUCAAGGGAAGAGAGGGGAAAAGCUGUUGAUUUAUGAUUAUCUUCCGAAUAGAACUCUACACGAGCUCUUACAUGAAACACGUCCUGGGAAGCCAGUUUUGAAUUGGGCUCGACGGCACAAGAUCGCAUUGGCUAUAGCCAAAGGACUAGCCCAUCUGCAUUCAACUAUUGAGACACCUGUUACUCAUGGGAAUAUCAGGUCACGAAACGUCCUCGUUGAUGAUUUUUUCGUAGCCCGUCUCACAGAUUUUGGGCUCUACAAACUCAUGAUCCCAGCAGUAGCUGAUGAAAUCAUUGCAGCAGCAAAAGCUGAUGGGUACAAGGCCCCUGAGCUUCAAAAGAUGAAAAAUUGCAAUUCAAGAACAGAUGUGUAUGCUUUUGGGAUAUUAUUAUUAGAAAUUCUAUUAGGAAAAAAGCCUGGAAAAACUGGUAAUCGGGACGCUUUUGUUGAUCUGCCAGCAGUAGUAAAGGUUGCGGUUUUAGAGGAAACAACAAUGGAAGUUUUUGAUGUUGAAGUGUUAAAAGGUAUCAGGAGUCCAAUGGAAGAUGGUGUGGUUCAAGCUUUGAAGCUAGCAAUGGGGUGUUGUGCCCCGGUUGCAUCAGUUAGACCAUCCAUGGAGGAAGUUGUGAAGCAGCUAGAGGAGAACAGACCAAGAAACCGGUCAGCUUUGUAUAGCCCGGCUGAAACAAGAAGCGGACUGGAUACACCUUUUUGAUCUUUUAGUGGGUUCAAAUCAUGAAAACACAAUAUAGUUGUUUUUCUGGGUUUGGUGCUCCAGGGUGGUCAUUUUAUCAUAUAGUUUUUACGAGUAGUUUGUACUAGAUGUAUGCACCGGAAUGUAGCAAGAUUUGGUUGAAAGUUUAGCUUUGAAUUUUUAUAAUAUUAAAGAUGUCGAGAUACUGUAAAAUUAUUCUAUUUAUCCUUGGUGUACAAGGUCCAUAAUAGUUAUUUUGUUAGAUGGUUUUCAUCAAGGAAAUUGGAUAUAUUGAAAAUAUUAAUAGGUUUAGUA